AUUUGCUUAUGGCCCUUCAAAUUUGAAUUGAACCAACCCAGUCAAAUACAAAGUUUAGUUGGGGUAUUCCAGUCAUUUCUCUAUGUCAUCCGAAAUGAUUAGAUUUGUAGAUCUACAAGUUGGAGCUCUGGGGCUUUCAGAUGUCUUCAUUCUCUUGCUCUUACACACAACUUUUGCAUCUCCAGAUGCUCACCUGUUUGGUUUUAAUUACAAUUGUUGAUCCUUGAUAUUCGUGUUGCAUUGUCUAGCUAUAUUCCAGUGCAAAUGGCUACUAUCCCUGAACCGCUCAUCUGGGAGAUCGUGAAGAAGAACAAUUCUUUCCUUGUUAAGCAGUAUGGCAGUGGCACUAACAAGGUGGUGUUCAGUAGAGAGCCUAACAAUCUAUGCAACCUCCAUUCCUACAAGCACUCAGGCUUGGCGAACAAGAAGACUGUAACCAUUCUACCAGGAGAGAAGGACCUCAAUGUUGUCCUUGCCACUACCAAGACAAAGAAACAGAACAAGCCUGCAAGCUUGCACAACAGAACAGAACUGAAAAAGGAAUUCUUCAAGAUGGCUAAAAUCGUCAAGAGUCAGAUUACAGAUAAUUACUACAGAUCUGAUCUAACCAAAGCAGCUCUUGCACGCCUGAGUGUGGUUCAUCGCAGCCUUAAGGUUGCCAAGUUUGGUGUAAAAAAGAGACAAGCUGCAAAAGCCAAGAACUAGGUGAACUAGGCCCAGGAAGGUGGCUGAUUGUCAUUUAGGUUUAAGUGAACCAUUUGUAUCCUGAGAAGAUGAGUGCUCAGUAUAGUGUCAAUUUUCAGUGUUUGAUUCUACAUUCUGUAUUUAAUGCAGUAAUGAAUUCCAUACUUUUUUUUA